CAUGGAGACGUUCACGAUACAAGACGUGCUCAUGAACUCCUCCGACCUCAACAAGAUCCUCUGCAAUUUCGGGAUCGGGAAUAUUUCGGAAUGCGAGGAGGAGCAGGAGCCGUCGCCCGAACACCAAGAUAUCAACCAGACCGUGCGGAUCUUCCUCUACAGCCUCAUCUUCCUCCUCAGCGCCGUGGGCAACGGCCUCAUCGUGGCCGUGCUGGUGAGGAACCGGAGCAUGAGGACGGUCACCAACCUCUUCCUGCUGUCCCUGUCCAUCAGCGACCUGAUGGUGUCCCUGGUCUGCAUCCCCUUCACCCUCAUCCCCAACCUCAUGAGGGACUUUGUCUUCGGAGCCGGGAUGUGCAAGCUGGUCAUGUACUUCAUGGGUAUCUCAGUCAGCGUCUCCACCUUCAACCUGGUGGCCAUCUCCCUGGAGCGCUACAGCGCCAUCUGCAACCCGCUGACCUCCAGGUCGUGGCAGACCAAAUCCCACGCCGCCAAGGUCAUCACCGCCACCUGGGUGGCGUCCUCCAUCCUGAUGCUGCCCUACCCCAUCUCCAGCACCCUGAAGCCUUUCACCCGCCUCGACAACAGCACCGGGCACAUGUGCCGCCUGGUGUGGCCCAACGACGCCAUCCAGCAGUCCUGGUACGUGUGUCUGUUGCUGCUGCUCUUCCUGAUCCCCGGGAUCGUCAUGAUGACAGCGUACGGACUCAUCUCCAUGGAGCUGUACAGGGGCAUGAAGUUUAAGAUGUCCACUAGGAAAUCCAGCAGAGAAAGGCAGUGCAGCACCAGCAGCAUCAAACCCGGGGACAACGACGGCUGCUACAUGCUGCCGUUGAAGAAGAGGAGCAUCACCUGCAGCUUCUCCCACUCCAGCUCCAAGUCCACGCCGGUGGGUCGUGUGUCCAACAGCAGCUCCACCGCCAACCUGAUGGCCAAGAAGCGCGUGGUCCGCAUGCUGCUGGUCAUCGUCUUCCUCUUCUUCCUCUGCUGGACCCCCGUGUACGUGGUCAACGCCUGGCAGGCGUUCGACCGGCGCUCGGCCCACCGCCUGACCGGCGCGCCCAUCUCCUUCAUCCACCUGAUGUCCUACACCUCGGCCUGCGUCAACCCCAUCAUCUACUGUUUCAUGAACAAGCGUUUCCGCCAGGGCAUGCUGGCCACCUUCAGCUGCUGCAGCUGCAUCAGGAAAAGCGGCUCGGGGGGGUCGGCCGUAAACAACAAGGGGGAUGUGAGCAAAACGAGAGCGGCGCCGAAGACCCCCGAUCAGAACGGUCACACCCCGACGAGCGGAGCCACCACGCGCUUCGACUACACCGGCGUCCGAACGUCAGCCGAAGUCAGCUGACCUCGACCGGACAGAGGAUCUGAGUUGAGGUCACGUUCGUCCUCACUGUGCUGAUGGGACCAGUUCACGAGCGGCCAUGUUGCUUUAGCUUGACCCGACAAG